UCGGUGUUUAAUAAGCGACAGUCGGAAGUGAGGUGUGCGUUUCCUUUUCCCCCUCCAUCAGAACAGGUUUCGUCACAUUGUGUCGAGCCCUGCCCUGCUGUCCACAAUGAUUUGCCUGUGGGCUGAUAGAUACAAUGGAUACACACCUGGAAAAACCAGUAUAGGAAAAGCCUGUAAGCCUGUUGUUUCCUGCUUUCCUUAACCUGUCCACAAAAACAGAUGCGCUUCCUGCUGCUCUUCAGUCGCCAGGGGAAGCUGCGUCUUCAGAAGUGGUUCACGCCCAUGGCAGAGCGCGAGAAGAAGAAGAUCAUCAGGGACAUGACCUCCAUGGUGUUGGCACGGCAACCGCGUUCCUGCAACUUCCUGCACUGGAAAGACCUGAAGAUUAUUUACAAGAGGUAUGCCAGCUUGUAUUUCUGCUUGGCCAUAGAGGACCAGGAGAACGAGCUGUUAGCCCUGGAGGUUAUUCAUCGCUACGUGGAGCUGCUGGACAAAUACUUUGGCAAUGUGUGUGAGCUGGACAUAAUCUUUAACUUUGAGAAGGCCUAUUUUAUCCUGGACGAGUUUCUAAUGGGAGGCGAAAUACAAGAAACGUCCAAACAGAUAGUGAAUCGCUGCAUCGAAUCGUCCGACAUGUUACAGGAGGAUGACAACAGAGAUUGGUUUGAGGUGGAGCUGUUUGGAUGACCUUGAAUAUGGACAGAAAGACCAUGGAGGAGUACAUGAGCAAACCUGCAUUUUAACCUGUGAGGUGGGAAAAGGGACAACUGGGAACCAAAUAUGUACUGUUAAUGAGUCAAAAAUGGGACUUGAGCUCGGCAUAAAGAAGGUCUGCUCGCCUUCUCCCUGAAACGUUGCUGCAGUGUAACUUAAUUUGAAAGUAAGCCUGAUAUUUGUAAAUAGUCAUGUGUUGAACUGAAAGAGACGGAGGGUUGUUUUUACAUGAAUUGCUGUGAUUUUUUUUUUUUUUUUUUUUUUUUUUAAAUGAAGUAGAGAUCAAUGAUCAGGGGAAACUAAAUCAUAUCAUUGAAGUGAUUUAUUUUAGAUUUAUAAAUUUGUUGCAUUUAUAUUUAAAUCAUGGAAGUGAAUGGUUUCAUUCUGACAACACAUCAGACUGAUUUGGGGGGAAAUUGUGCGACUCCAGUCAAUAUUUCAAACAAACUUCGGUCUCAAAAGCAAAGAGGUGACGUUCUUUACUCAAGUAGAAGUACAAAUACUUGUAUAAAAAGCAGAAGUACUGAUCUAGCUCCUUUUUAUGCAAGUAAAUUUAAGAAAUAACAGCUCUGAAAUGUACCCGGAGAAUGAAAGUUACGUCCCUUUUGAAGGACAUUUUACCAGCCAUUUCUGUGGCGAGCUAACUGAACCUCACAUCAUCAAGUCGCUGUCUUUUGUCAGUAGACGCCUUUUCUCCCGAUGCCAGUCUACCUGUCUGUCAGUUUUUCCCAUCUUGUUACGUCUCUACAUAAUUUCUUGCUGCAUCUGUGUGAUCAGUCCUGUGAUCUUUGGAAGGCGGCGUGCAGUGAUGCAAAAUAAAGAUAAUUAAUAAUUCCCCUCAAAUUUGUUAAAACUAAAGUAACAAGCCUGUUUUUGAAAAUGUACGGAGUAAAAAGAAUAUUUGACCUACGUGGCCGAACAAAGUAUUUGUACUUCGUUACUUCCCACCUCUGCAAAAACAUAUCUAUAAUUGAUGCCCUUCAGAUGUUUUAUAAUGUCAAAAGAGACUGAUUACGACUAAUUUCUUACUGUUAUGAAUCUGUGUAACCUUUCACACGUGUGCCUUUUUAAAAUAAGCAGUCUGUAGUGUGGGUGUGAGUGUAACUGACUUUUAUAAUGUGUAAUUUGUGAUGUUUGAGCUUAUGAUUAAAAAAAAUAUAUGUAUUUUGAUAAACAGUU